UCCGAAUUUCCUGCCACCAUCCCAUUUAAAUUCUGCUCCAACUCUUUUCUUCUCUUCAUCACUACUUGCUCUCUUUCACUCUUUCUCUCUAUCUUCUAUCUUUCAAUCUUCCUCUAUAGACAAUGGGUGAGAUCUCUUGCUCUAAUGGGAUUUCUGACAAGAAUGGCGUUAAUGAGAAAAGCCUUUCGCUAUCUGGUCAUAGGAAGAGUUGCUGGUAUGAAGAAGAGAUUGAAGAGAAUUUAAGAUGGAGCUUUGCACUUAAUAGCAUAUUGCAUACAGGAGAGACGCCAUACCAGGAUAUUGCACUGUUGGACACAAAGCCUUUUGGAAAGGCACUGGUGAUCGAUGGUAAGCUUCAAAGUGCAGAGGUAGACGAAUUUAUCUACCAUGAGUCUCUAGUUCAUCCAGCACUUCUUCACCAUCCAAAUCCAAAGACCAUCUUUAUUAUGGGUGGAGGUGAAGGCUCCACUGCAAGAGAAAUACUCAGACAUAAAACUGUGGAGAAGGUUGUCAUGUGUGACAUUGAUGAGGAGGUGGUAGAAUUUUGCAAGUCAUACUUAGUUAUGAACAGAGAAGCAUUUUCUGAUCCAAGACUUGAGCUUGUCAUCAAUGAUGCCAGGGCUGAGCUGGAGAGUAGAAAAGAAAGCUAUGAUGUGAUAAUAGGGGACCUGGCAGACCCCAUAGAAGGAGGCCCCUGUUAUAAACUCUAUACCAAAUCCUUUUAUGAGUCCACUGUCAAACCUAAACUCAAUCCUGGUGGAAUAUUUGUCACACAGGCAGGGCCUGCUGGAAUUUUCACUCACACAGAAGUAUUCUCUUGCAUUUACAACACACUGAGGCAUGUUUUCAAAUAUGCUGUACCUUAUUCUGCUCAUAUUCCUUCCUUCGCUGAUACUUGGGGAUGGGUCAUGGCUUCAGAUUCCCCAUUUGAACUUUGUGCUGAAGAGCUAGACCUGAGAAUGAAACAGAAUAUAAAAGGGGAAAACAGAUACCUUGAUGGCAAAACCAUUUCAUCUGCCUCAACUCUGAGCAAAGCAGUUCGAAAUUCGCUUGACAAUGAGACUCAUGUCUACACAGAAGGGACAGCAAGGUUCAUAUAUGGACAUGGCAGUGCCCACAAAAACCAAGCCUGAGUUCGUAUUAGAAGAAGCCAAGCACAGACAGACAUAUAAGACUGAAAGUGGAACAAUUUUUUUUUAAAAUUUUUUUAUGGUUUCUGAUCUUCCAAUUAAUUGUCUAUUUUUCUUUUCAAUUUUGCUUGUGUAGCUUCUCUGGAAUAUGAAAUAUGAAUGCCAUCCUCCUGGAA